UGGCGCCCGUCGCGGAGGAUUGUACGAACGCCGGCGACGGAAGUCGCUUUGCCCCGGACUUGGCGGCUUCCGGCUGCUGCUGCGUGCAUUCGUGCAUCUGUGGGUUUCGGAGUGAGGUGUCCCCGAGCUGUUCGCCAACAUGUACGACGCGGACGAGGAUAUGCAAUAUGACGAGGAUGACGACGAAAUCACUCCGGAUUUGUGGCAGGAAGCGUGCUGGAUUGUCAUCAGUUCCUAUUUUGAUGAGAAAGGUCUGGUCAGACAACAGCUGGAUUCUUUUGACGAGUUUAUUCAGAUGUCUGUUCAGAGAAUCGUGGAAGACGCUCCUCCCAUAGAUCUCCAAGCAGAGGCUCAGCAUGCCAGCGGGGAGGUGGAAGAGCCGCCGAGAUACUUGCUGAAGUUUGAGCAGAUUUACCUCUCCAAGCCUACCCAUUGGGAAAGAGACGGUGCUCCCUCGCCCAUGAUGCCAAACGAAGCUAGGUUAAGGAACCUCACGUAUUCUGCACCACUUUAUGUUGACAUAACAAAGACAGUCAUCAAAGAAGGCGAGGAGCAACUUCAGACUCAGCACCAGAAAACCUUCAUAGGAAAGAUUCCCAUUAUGCUGCGGUCAACGUACUGCCUGCUGAACGGCCUGACGGAUCGUGAUCUUUGUGAGCUCAACGAGUGCCCCUUGGACCCUGGUGGCUAUUUCAUUAUUAAUGGGUCAGAAAAGGUUUUGAUUGCUCAAGAAAAAAUGGCAACAAACACAGUGUAUGUAUUUGCCAAAAAAGAUUCUAAAUACGCCUACACAGGGGAGUGUCGGUCUUGUCUGGAGAAUUCUUCCCGACCUACAAGCACCAUCUGGGUGAGCAUGCUGGCCAGAGGAGGACAGGGAGCAAAGAAGAGCGCCAUCGGGCAGCGCAUCGUGGCGACGCUGCCGUACAUCAAGCAGGAGGUCCCCAUCAUCAUCGUCUUCCGAGCCCUGGGCUUCGUGUCGGACAGAGACAUCCUAGAGCAUAUCAUUUAUGAUUUUGAAGAUCCAGAGAUGAUGGAAAUGGUGAAACCUUCCCUGGAUGAAGCGUUUGUCAUCCAGGAACAGAAUGUUGCAUUAAAUUUCAUUGGCUCGAGAGGGGCGAAGCCUGGUGUGACUAAGGAGAAGAGAAUUAAAUACGCAAAAGAAGUCUUGCAGAAGGAAAUGCUCCCCCACGUUGGUGUCAGUGAUUUUUGUGAGACCAAAAAAGCCUAUUUCCUGGGGUACAUGGUCCACAGGUUGCUGCUGGCGGCUCUGGGCAGGAGGGAGCUGGACGACAGAGAUCACUAUGGGAACAAGAGGCUGGACCUCGCGGGGCCGCUGCUUGCCUUCUUGUUUCGAGGGAUGUUUAAGAAUUUGCUUAAAGAAGUCCGGAUCUAUGCACAGAAAUUUAUUGAUCGAGGGAAGGAUUUUAAUUUGGAGUUGGCAAUUAAAACACGGAUUAUAUCUGAUGGCUUGAAAUACUCUCUGGCUACUGGGAACUGGGGUGAUCAGAAGAAAGCGCAUCAAGCCAGAGCUGGAGUGUCUCAGGUGUUAAACCGACUGACGUUUGCAUCUACUCUCUCCCACCUGCGUCGGUUAAAUUCUCCUAUCGGCAGAGAUGGCAAACUGGCAAAACCAAGACAGCUGCACAACACGCUGUGGGGCAUGGUGUGUCCAGCUGAGACCCCGGAGGGCCACGCUGUGGGGCUGGUGAAGAAUCUGGCGCUGAUGGCUUAUAUUUCAGUUGGAUCACAGCCUUCUCCAAUUCUGGAAUUUUUGGAAGAAUGGAGUAUGGAAAAUUUGGAAGAAAUUUCUCCUGCAGCUAUUGCUGAUGCAACCAAGAUUUUUGUGAACGGCUGCUGGGUUGGAAUCCACAAGGAUCCCGAGCAGCUCAUGAACACCUUACGGAAACUGCGGCGGCAGAUGGACAUCAUCGUGUCGGAGGUUUCUAUGAUCAGAGACAUUCGGGAGAGGGAGAUUCGUAUCUACACGGACGCAGGCCGGAUCUGUAGACCACUGCUCAUUGUGGAAAAACAGAAGCUGCUUUUGAAGAAGAGACAUAUUGACCAGUUGAAAGAGAGAGAAUAUAACAACUACAGUUGGCAGGACUUGGUGGCCAGCGGGGUCGUGGAGUACAUUGACACGCUGGAGGAGGAAACAGUGAUGCUCGCCAUGACGCCGGACGAUCUGCAGGAGAAGGAAGUCGCGUACUGCUCCACGUACACGCACUGUGAGAUCCACCCGUCCAUGAUCCUUGGCGUCUGCGCGUCUAUCAUCCCUUUCCCCGAUCAUAACCAGUCCCCUAGAAACACAUACCAGUCUGCUAUGGGGAAGCAAGCCAUGGGGGUUUAUAUCACCAACUUCCACGUUCGAAUGGACACUUUGGCCCAUGUCCUCUAUUAUCCGCAAAAGCCACUUGUGACUACACGCUCCAUGGAGUACCUGCGGUUCCGAGAACUGCCAGCAGGUAUCAACUCGAUUGUGGCCAUCGCCUCCUACACCGGAUAUAACCAGGAAGACUCCGUGAUCAUGAACCGUUCCGCUGUGGACCGAGGCUUUUUCAGGUCUGUUUUCUAUCGCUCAUACAAAGAACAGGAGUCUAAAAAAGGAUUUGAUCAGGAAGAAGUUUUCGAGAAACCUACCCGUGAAACGUGCCAAGGCAUGAGGCAUGCCAUUUAUGACAAGCUGGACGAUGAUGGUUUGAUAGCUCCCGGCGUCCGUGUGUCCGGGGACGAUGUUAUUAUAGGCAAGACGGUCACCUUGCCCGAAAACGAGGACGAGCUGGAGAGUACCAAUCGCCGCUACACCAAGAGAGACUGCAGCACCUUCCUCAGGACCAGCGAGACGGGCAUUGUGGACCAGGUCAUGGUCACGCUCAACCAGGAAGGAUACAAGUUUUGCAAAAUAAGGGUGCGCUCUGUCAGGAUUCCGCAGAUUGGAGAUAAGUUCGCUAGUCGCCAUGGCCAAAAGGGAACUUGUGGGAUUCAGUACAGGCAAGAGGACAUGCCUUUCACCUGUGAAGGCAUCACCCCCGACAUCAUCAUCAAUCCGCACGCCAUCCCCUCGCGCAUGACCAUCGGCCACUUGAUCGAGUGUCUGCAGGGGAAGGUGUCGGCCAACAAGGGGGAGAUAGGUGACGCCACGCCAUUUAACGAUGCUGUUAACGUGCAGAAGAUCUCCAACCUCUUAUCAGAUUACGGCUACCAUCUCAGAGGAAACGAGGUCCUGUACAACGGGUUCACCGGUCGGAAAAUCACGUCGCAGAUCUUUGUCGGCCCCACUUACUACCAGCGCCUGAAGCACAUGGUGGAUGACAAGAUCCACUCGCGGGCCAGAGGCCCCAUCCAGAUCCUUAACAGGCAGCCCAUGGAGGGCCGCUCUCGUGACGGCGGCCUGCGCUUUGGAGAAAUGGAGCGGGACUGUCAGAUUGCCCACGGGGCUGCACAGUUUCUACGGGAAAGGCUCUUCGAGGCAUCUGAUCCCUAUCAGGUUCAUGUCUGCAAUCUGUGUGGCAUCAUGGCCAUUGCCAACACCAGGACCCACACAUAUGAAUGCAGAGGCUGCCGCAAUAAAACGCAGAUUUCCUUGGUGCGGAUGCCGUACGCGUGCAAGCUGCUGUUCCAGGAACUCAUGUCCAUGAGCAUCGCCCCACGGAUGAUGAGUGUGUAGCUCUUCUAGAACAUUCUCAACAGAGUUCUACGAUACAGCUUUGAAAAGACAAUAAACUGUACUGUGUUGCAAUGAAAGCGUUUUAUUUGGUUUAAUGAUAUGCAUGCUGUUUUCCUGUAAAUAGUCAAAUAAAGUUUUGUAGAAAAUCUCAA